UCCCAAGUUGCCAACUCGUAUUUUAGGUUAUGAGUUUUUAAAUUUAAAAUAUUAAUAGUUUAUUGUAUUAAUUAAGAAAUAAUAAUGAAGAUUUACACUAACGAUAAUAAUACUGCUACGCUGAAGUUGCUAGUGGCAGCAAAUAUUGCAGGAAAAAAGAUAACGCUGCAGAAAUAUUCUUUCGAAGACGUGUUCACAGGACCCAAGUGCCUGCCCAUCCUGGAGGUGGAUGAGAAUGUCUCAUUCUUCAGCAGCAAUGCCGCCACUCAGUACCUUUUCCCAAUUAUUGAUUUGACAGACCAUGGCCAGUGUCAGCAGAUGCAAGAGUGGGAAGCAACAAAGUUACAGCCAGCGAUAGCCACACUACUGUCAAGCAAAUCAGUUGGGUUUGAUCUGAAACAGAACUUGCAAGCUCUUCUUGAUGUUGUAGAGAAUUAUCUAACUAAACACAAGUAUAUUUUAGGGGACAAGCUAUCUGCUGUGGACAUCUCAAUAUGGAGUACCCUAUACCCACUGUGUUUUAAUAAGGACCUAAAACAGACAUAUCUGGCGGAAACUAAAAACAUCAAUAGGUGGGCUGAGGAGUUGUCUUCAGCUAAAUCUGUGCAGGAAGCAGUAAAGCAGUGGGGAGGUACUGUAGAGGGUCCAUUUGGGGCACAGUCUGCUUUGGGAAUACCUCAGAUGUCCAACAUUGUGUCUCCAGUAGGAUCUCCCGAUGAAUCUCAAGUGGCGGGCCCCACGGCUGAGGAAAUCGAGACGGCCAAAGACAACUGGCUGCACGGCGUGCAGAGACUGCAGGAGCCUCUGAAGCAGGAGAAAGUCGUGCUACCGAUCAAGGGUCGCAAGAACGUACUUAUAACUUCGGCACUACCGUACGUCAACAACAUCCCCCAUCUCGGCAACAUCAUCGGCUGCGUGCUCUCCGCAGACAUAUUCGCCAGGUACUGUCGGCUGUGUGACUACAACACUAUGUAUAUCAGCGGAACCGAUGAGUACGGCACCGCUACAGAGACCAAAGCGUUGGAGGAGGGCGUGUCGCCGCGCGAGAUCUGCGACAAAUACUUCGAGAUCCACAACGCCGUGUACCGCUGGUUCGACAUCGGUUUCGACUACUUCGGCCGCACCAGCACCAACGAGCAGAAACAAAUAGCACAGAAGCUGUUCCUGAAGCUGCGGGACAACUGCUUCAUCAGCACGCAGACCGUCGACCAGCUGUACUGCAACAAGUGCGAGAGGUUCCUCGCUGACAGAUUCGUAGAAGGCAUCUGUCCCCACCCGGGCUGCUUGUACGACAACGCUCGCGGCGACCAGUGCGACCGCUGCGGGAAGCUCAUCAACGCCAUCGAGCUCGGCAGCCCGCGGUGCAAGGUGUGCGGCGCCGGCCCGGGUGUGCGACCCAGCAGCCAGCUGUUCCUCGAGCUGGGGCAGUUGGAGCCAGCGGUCCGCACGUGGAUCAGCAAGUCUGAAGUGGGCUGGUCGGGUCCGGCGCGGGCGGUCGCGCGGGGCUGGCUGCGGGAGCCGCUGCGAGCUCGCGCCAUCACACGAGACCUCAAAUGGGGCGUGCCCGUGCCCGUGCCGGAGUAUAGCAAUAAGGUGUUCUAUGUAUGGUUUGACGCGCCGAUCGGGUACCUGAGCAUCACGGAGUGCGCCACAAGGGACCAUCAAAAAUGGUGGAGACCUGAUAAAGAAUAUGACGUGCAGCUAUACCAGUUCAUGGCGAAGGACAACGUGCCAUUCCACGCCAUCAUGUUCCCCGCCACGUUGCUCGGCAUCAACGACGGCUACACGCUCGUCAAACACAUAUACGCCACAGAAUACCUUAACUACGAAGACGGCAAAUUCUCGAAGUCGAGAGGUGUUGGUGUAUUUGGAAACGACGCACAGGACACCGGUAUACCGUCGGACGUGUGGCGUUUCUACUUGGCCAGCAUCAGGCCCGAGGGUGCUGACUCCAGCUUCAGCUGGGUGGAGCUGGGCACGCGCAACAAUUCCGAGCUGCUCAACAACGUGGGCAACUUCUGUCACCGCUCGCUGUCGUUCUGCGCCAACAGCUUCAAAGGGCGGGUACCGGAGCUGACUCUGACUACAGCUGACUACGAGCUGUUCGCGCUGGUUAAUAGGGAGGUGGCUGCGUACGUGCAGCACAUGGAGAAGGGUCGCCUGCGCGAGGCGCUGCGGCACGUGCUGGCGGUGUCGCGGCUCGGCAACCAGCACAUGCAGGCCGCGCAGCCCUGGGUGCUGCUGAAGGGCUCCGACGAGGACAAGGUGCGCGGCGCGACGGCAGUGGGCGUGUGCUGUCAGCUGGUGGCGCUGCUCGCGACGCUGCUGGCGCCGUACAUCCCCGCCGCCGCGCGGAAACUGCAGGCGCAGCUCAACCUGCCCGCCGACAGGCUGAGGAUUAACCCGCUUAACCCAUCGCUCAUCCAAUACCUGCCGGCCGGUCACACAUUGGGCACGCCCGCGCCGCUGUUCGCCAAGAUAGAACCGGAGUUACUGGAGAAGCUGAGACAGAAGUACGCCGGCUCGCAGGCCGACCGCGCUAACCAGGCAAAGGGAGCCGGUGGUAAAUCUAGCGUCGCAGAUUUGGAAGCAGCCGUAGCUGCCCAGGGUGAAAAGGUACGACAAUUAAAAGCUUCGACAAAGGACAAGGCAGUUUGGCAGCCCGAAGUGAACAAGCUGCUAGAACUGAAAAAACAAUUGACAGAGGCUCAGAAGAAUAAAGAGAAUCAAAGUACCAAUGGACUACCCGACGUUGCUGAAUUGGAGAAGGCUAUUACUGCACAGGGCGACAAAGUGCGACAGUUGAAAGCGUCGACGAAAGACAAAGCGGUCUGGCAGCCCGAAGUGAACAAGCUACUUGAACUGAAGAAACAGCUGGCGGCGGCACAGGCCACGCCCCCUGCAGUGGCCACGCCCGCUGGCGAUGUUGCUAGCUUGGAAAAGGCAGUUGCUGAACAGGGCGACAAAGUGCGACAGUUGAAGGCGUCGACGAAAGACAAAGCGGUCUGGCAGCCAGAAGUGAACAAGCUACUUGAACUGAAGAAACAGCUGGCGGCGGCGCAGGCUGCUCCUGCUGCGGCCACGCCUCCCGCCACGCCCACCGUAGAUGUCGCCAGCUUAGAGAAAGCGGUCGCUCAGCAGGGAGACAAAGUACGACAGUUGAAAGCGUCAACGAAAGACAAAGCGGUGUGGCAGCCCGAGGUGAACAAACUUCUCGACUUGAAGAAACAGUUGGCAGAAGCACAGAAAAACGCGUAAAUUUAAAGUAUGGUGGAGGAUUUAAGUUGCAAUAUUUUAAGAUAGGCGCACAUUUUGAUGCGGCUCAAGUCAUUGCCGCAUUAUUCAUACUUUUAUCUAAUGACUAAGAAAUGUAUGAGAAAUACGGCCCGAAACGCGGCGCGCGUCAUAAUGUGCGCGUACCUAUACGGUGAAAUACUGAAACGCUUCUUAGGCCGGUAUAAAUAGUCAGUACUCAAGAUGCGUCUC